AUGGUUGCUAAAUGCAAUGAUGACCCGACCGCUCUGGUGCUGCCUGUGUGUAAAGAUGACAUGUGUUUUCAGGGAGGGGGAUACGAUCUAGAUAUGUUCACGGAAAAUCCGGAUGAUGAUCUCCUUUGCUCCAUCUGUCAUGGUGUACUGAGGUGUCCCGUCAUGAUCUCCUGUGGGCACAUCUUUUGCCGAAAAUGCAUUCUACAGUGGCUGAAGAGACAGCAGACCUGCCCGUGCUGUAGGACAGACGUGAGGGGUAAACUGUAUAUACAGAUGCACAAGCUGAAGAGGAAAAUCAACCACCUGCAAGUCAAGUGUCCUAACGAACAAAAUGGCUGCCCGGCCCUCUUCCCUCUGCUGAGGACCGAGGAGCAUGCCGAGACGUGCGCGUUUGGAUUGGUGGCCUGCUCCAACGAAGGAUGUCCUGCCCGUGUCUUGAGGAAAGACAUAGGUGACCACAGCCAGAGCUGCGAGUACUGGAGCCAGAUGUGUACUAUGGGAUGUGGGACGCUGCUGACCGCCACCGACCGCGAGGAACACAACUGCUACAUGGAACUGAAAGAGACCUACAACAAACAGCUGCACAAACUGCGCCAGAAGGCCCGGAGGAUGGAGAGCCUUUCCUCCCAGAUGAGCAGACAGAUAAAGCUGCUUAGCCAAGGCCUGGAAGGUGCCCAGGCCUCGGCUGGCAUGGAGGAGGCUGAGUAAACUGCUGAUAGCCACCACUGUUCGUUGUCAUGGUGACAAAGACUAGUGGGAUCCAUAGCAACCAAUCACAGCUCACAUUUCAUUUCCUAAAGGGCUCUGAAAAAAAUAAAAGCUGAGCUCUGAUUGGUUGCCAUGGGCAACUAGGACAGUUUUAUGCGGUUUUAAUAAAUGAGGCCCAAAGUGUGUUUGUUGUCAACAGUGACCAAUCGCAGCGCAGCUUUCAUUUGUUAGUGUGAUCUUGGAAAAUGAAAGCUGUGCUGUGAUUGGUUGUACUGGUCAUCAGGGAUAAUGAGUUAUGCCUAGUACAGGGCCUGACUGCGCAUG